GAUCAGCACGCGCGUUCAGCGGGUUCUUACCGGAAUACAAACCAUUUCUCCCUAGGUAACAUCACGCCUUUAAUGCUACGUCGUCGCACAAUGGGGCAACUCCCUCGUUCGUCUCUCACGUCCACCACUGCCUAUUGAGAUCAUUAUCACCAUGGUGAAAACGGAGGACGUGAGAGGAUCAUCGUAUAGCUCGGUGUACAACAGCUUUGUAGCUUUACAUCACCACCACGAGGGCUCAAGACCUCAAUGCGAGCCUUCGAAUCCAACUCAACCAGAAAGUCGAAUUCUACACCCCGACGACGCCCACUACACCACACAUCGCGCAAAAGGGCCACUAUCGAUAGCAAACCGGUCGCCUCGCUAUGGCUCCAGCUCAAGUACACUCACAGCAUGUUUGGAACCCACACGACCACGGUUUCCGCAAGUUGAAGAGAUCAAAAGAUGCCCGCGCAGUGCCCAGCUACCAGCAGAAGACUCAAUUUCACGGUUACUAUCACGGCACCCCGCCACCCGAUCCACCUAACAUAGCGCCAAUCGUUCCUACACAACAAAGAUCAAUUCCACUGGCGCCCUACUUUCACGGGAAUGUUGCGAUGAGCGCGCAGGCUGCGGCGUACGAAGAUGCUGUGACCACUAGAGUCUGGCGUAACGAAUGGGAAGUCGCCCCAGAUGACUUUGGCUCAUCUCGACCCCUGCUCCUUCUCAAUCGGCCUGCGAACGUCGACCUAAUGAAUCACAUGUGGGAAACCGAGUUAGUCCAUUUGUGCCACUGGGACCAAUACCACGAGCCAGAAGGUGUGCUUUCUCAACGCCUGACAAGAGAGAGAAGAGUUAGGGAAAAGGAGUUGCUCCUAGGAUACGGCAGAUUCGAGCAAGAUAAGAGACGCAAGAAAGUGAAGCUGGCGGUUGUGACUGCGGAUGUUAUCGACUUGACCCAAGAUCAUACUGUUGAAGCUGGAAACUUUCCGAGUUAUGCUGGCAUCGAGAAAGCUUGGAACUAUCCGCCAGGAUAUCUUCCCAGCUCAAGGGGGAUUUGAAGCUGCUAGCACUCUGACCCCAACCUUGAUACGCCUAUCAUCAUGGCACAUUCAAAAAGUCUUGGAGGCAUUGUACGAGAUCAGCAUGAAAGCGAGAUCGUAUUUCACUUUCUUCAGAAUGCCUUCGUCUUUCAAUCUUUUCAAGGCGACGACUUUCGCCGCGGAAAUGAAAGUCACCUACCGGGAAUACUAAGGGA